CAAAACAGAUCGGUUAGCAAAAGGAGCUGAAUGUUACCAAAAAAGCAUGAACGAGAACCCUUUCUUAUGGUCUCCAUUUGAGUCUUUAUGUCAAAUCGGGGAGCGACCGGAUCCAGAGCAGAUCUUUAGAUUGACCUCCUUGCAGAAUUUCAGUGGAGGAGUCGUCCCUCCUCCUCCCAUCAGCCCUGCGCACACGCCUAGUAACAAUAUGGGACACAGACAAGUUGACACUGUCCUAAUGGAGACCCCACAGGACACUUUGGAGCUAAACCGGCUCAAUCUAGAAUCUUCUAACUCUAAGUACUCCCUGAAUACGGACUCCUCUGUGUCUUACAUCGACUCCUCCGUCAUCUCGCCAGACUCCGUGUCACUGGGCACUGGUGGCUCACUGUUGUCCAAACAGGUGCAAAACAAACCCAAGAGUGGCCGAUGUCUGCUGGGGGGCACGGCCACACUCAGCCCCCUCACACCAAG